AUGGAAGUUCAAAGCUCCCCUUCCACAAAUAAAAUGAGCAGGGCUGAUUUCACUGAAUUGGAAUCUGAUUUCACUUGGGGUGCUGCCACUUCUGCUUAUCAGAUUGAAGGUGCUGCUUCUGAAUAUGGAAGAAGUCCAAGCAUCUGGGAUACAUUCUGCAUCGAAAAACCUGCUGCCAUCGCUAAUGGGGAUAGUGGAAUUAAUGGUGUUAACUCUUAUUUCAAGAUCAAGGAAGAUGUACAAAUGCUGAAGAAAAUGGGUCUAAAUGCAUAUAGAUUCUCAAUUUCAUGGAGUAGAAUAUUACCAGGUGGAAGACUAAACAAUGGCAUCAAUAGAGAAGGGGUUGACUACUACAAUAACCUAAUCAAUGAGCUUAUACAAAAUGGAAUUACACCAUAUGUCACUAUAUGGCAUUGGGACACUCCCAAUUGCCUGGAACAAGAAUACUUGGGUUUCUUAGAUGAAAAAAUUAUAUGUGAUUUUAAGGGAUAUGCUGAAUUUUGCUUCUGGGAGUUUGGUGAUCGGGUUGUGAAUUGGAUCACAAUGAACGAACCAGCAAAUUAUGCUAUAUCCGGAUAUGAGUUUGGUAUAUUCGCACCUGGCCGAGGGGCUCACGAAAGUAACAUCGGGAAUGCUGCAAUUGAGCCGUAUAUUGUAGCGCACAACUUACUCCUUUGUCAUGCUACUGUAGUGGAGCUAUAUCGACAAAAAUUUCAAGAAAGCCAAGGUGGUAAGAUUGGGAUUACGCUCGAUGCAGCGUAUUUAGAGCCACUUGAUGUACAAAAAGUCGAAGAUAAGGAGGCAGCCCUUAGAGGGAUGGACUUCCAUUUUGGAUGGUUUAUGGAGCCUUGCUUUAGUGGCAAAUACCCUGACACAAUGAUAAAAAAUGUUGGUGAUCGAUUACCUAAAUUCUCAAAAGAGCAGGCGAAAUUACUGAAGGGGUCUUACGAUUUUCUUGGCUUAAAUUACUAUAUUUCACAAUACGCCACCACUGCAGAACCAACUGAUGUAGUUUCCUACUCGAAUGACAUUAUGGUCCAACAGCAACCUGUCGAUCUUAAAGGGAAACCUAUCGGCCCACAGGGAGGUGUUUUUUGGUUUUAUUCAUAUCCACCUGGAUUUUACAAAUUGUUGAUGCACAUAAAACAUACCUAUGGAAAUCCAUUGAUUAACAUAACUGAAAAUGGGUGGCCUGAUGCAAUUAAUAACAAUCUCAAAAUUGAAGAAGCUCUUGUUGAUAAUGAACGGAUUGAGUAUCAUGAUGCACAUCUAAAAAGCAUGCUACAAGCAAUGAAGGAUGGCGUAAGAGUAGUGGGGUACUUUGCAUGGUCAUUGAUGGAUAAUUUUGAGUGGGCAAAUGGAUAUUCGGUUCGAUUCGGUCUAUUUUAUAUAGAUUAUAAGGACGGGAAAUACACAAGGUACCCAAAGAACUCUACAAUAUGGUUCAUGAACUUUCUUAAAAAGCCAAAGAAACUAGCCCAAACAAGCAAGCUACCUCAAGGACAACGAGGAGUUAAACGUAGUGCUCAUUCUGAAAGUAGUGAGUCUGGAAACAAAACAAAAAAAUAA